AGUGACUCAAAAUUAAAAAAUUGAAACAAAUUUAUUUUUGCCAAAAUUGUUUUUCCAAAACAAAGGAUUGGAAUUAAGAAGAAUCGUUGUGUUUGUGUUGGGUAAGAAGCAAAUGGAGAGAAGGAAAGCGAAGGCAGUAUUCAUGGCUUUUGGAACUAAAGGCGACGUCUACCCUCUUGCUGCCAUUGCAGCAGCUUUUGCUUGUGAUCAGAAACAAUACGAUGCGAUUCUAAUGACUCAUUCAGCACACGAGAGCUUAAGUCCUCAGUUGGGUGAAAAACAUGUUGAAUUUUGCGCAGUUUCAUCACCUCCGGUUCUUUCUGCUGAUCAGAAUAAUGAUAUUAAAGAGGAAGCAGAGUCAUCUUUUUUAUUGCAGAAAAAGAAAAUUACCAGAGAUCAUAGACGAGAAUGCUAUUCUCUAAUUGAAAAGAUAUUUGGAGAUGGUCCGAGCUUGGAUGGUGAUCUUAUUGUGAUAAACUUUUUUGCUCUGGAAGGAUGGAGUCUUGCUGAAUGUUUUUCUAUCCGUUGUGUUGUAGCUGCACCUUAUGUUGUUCCAUACAGUGCACCUGCAACAUUUGAAAGACAAUUCCAAAGAGAACUUCCUCUUCUCUAUAAAUAUCUUACUGAGGCUCCUUCUGGUAAGGUUUGCUGGAAGGAUGUUAUUCAUUGGAUGUGGCCCCUUUUCACAGAAAAUUGGGGAUCAUGGAGAGAUGAAGACUUACAUCUGAGUCCAUGUCCCUUUACUGAUCCAGUUACAGGCAUUCCUACUUGGUAUGAUAGGCCGCAAUCUCCUCUUCUGAUGUAUGGCUUUAGUAAAGAAGUUGUUGAAUGUCCAGCAUAUUGGCCAUCAAGAGUGCGGGUUUGUGGUUUUUGGUUCCUUCCUAUAGAAUGGCAGUUUACAUGUACGCAAUGCAGAGAAACAUCGUUAUAUGAUAAAGAUAACCUAUGUCCACAUCAUCUAGAGUUGCAAAAUUUUGUAAAUGCUAAACCAAUUUUUAUUGGGUUGAGUGCUAUUGGAAGCAUGGGUUUUCUAAAAGACCCUCACUCGUUUAUUUGUGUUCUUCAGACGGUCCUGAGCACCACAAACUAUAGAUUUAUUCUCUUUACGGGUGGAUAUAAACCUUUAGAAUCGGUGGUUCGUAUAAUUGCUUCCGAAGCAACAUUUGAGCAGAAUAUUUGGAGUGAAGAUUGUGUCGCUCUUUAUAAUGGCCGACUAUUAUGUUUCUUUGGUUCCUUACCAUAUGGUUGGCUUUUCCCAAAAUGUGCUGCUGUGAUUCACCACGGAGGCAGUGGAACUACUGCUGCUGCAUUACAGGCAGGAACACCACAGAGCUUUGUUUUAUGUCCGCGGUUUCAAGCUCUUCUGCUGUUGAAACUUCUACUCUUUUAACUGUCUCUGCUACCUCUGCAAGUGCACGGAAGAGUAUAUUGCACAAAAAAUGCUGUUGGUAAAGAAAACAAAUGCUCAAGAAGAGGAGGAGAUUAUAGAUGUUGAUGAAAAUGUGUGUUAUUAAAAAACAAACACCCAAAGCAAAAACUCAACAAUUUAAAAACAAAUUAACCUACAUUUUUUUGACCCCAUCAAAAGCUUCUGUAUCUUCUCCUUUGCUAGGUCAUUGCCUCGUAGAUGAAUCCCAUGGUUGGUUGUAAAUCUGAGUCCUACGUUCUUCCAAAGCAUCAUUUGUCAACUUCACUAGUGGGCUUAAAUCCAUUUUCAUGCUGUGAAAUUAAAUACACAUUCUUCACUCCUUGCCGCAUUGAAUGACAUAUAGCAUUGUUGUAAAAAAUCCUUGCAAUUGCUUGACAUGCAUUAUUUCUGAAACUUUUCUUUAUCAUCGUAUUGAUGGUAGCUGAAACACCUCUUCUUAAAUAUGUUUCCAGACCUUUAUUGGUGUAGUGGCUUUGAAACCGACCCUCACACCCUUUCAUGUGUUUAAAACGUGUCUCCGCAGAUCCCUUGUUCGUGUCUGCGCAGACCUGACGUGCACAUCAUGCCUUUUCUCAAACUCAAACCGAAUUGACCGACGUGCACGAUUCUACUUUUCUACGGCUCUGCGUGGAGAUCCAAGCUUCCCCCGCCAAUUUCUGUUCUUCUCAUGCAUGAACACGAUCAGACCUAGAAAGGUCAAAGAAUCACAUGAUUUCAGGUGCAGAGUUGCGAUUUUGAUUACCUUGGUUUGGACUUGGGAAGUUGGUCUACCUUACUAUGACUAUACCUGACAUAUUCUUUGUUGUUAAUGUUGUGAAUCAAUUCCUGAAUUCCUUUUUUGUUUGAAUCUUGAUAUAUAAAGAUAUCCAUGGGAAAGAGUUAGUUUAUGAGUACAAAUGUCACACUUAUUGGGCUGGAUAUCCUAGUGAUCAACAUUCAACCUAUGUGAUUGCGAUCUUGUUGGAGGAUAUUUUUUUCUUGGAAAAGCAAGAAUUGUUGCUAGAUCCAAUAUAGAGACUGAUUAUCAAGCUAUGACUCUAACUACAUGUGACUUUAUUUUGUUGGAACAACUUAUUGGUGAGUUAAAGUUCUACAAGUCCGAGUCAAUGAGUCUUAUUGGUGAUAACCAGAUAACUUUACAUAUCACAUCCAAAGUCUUCCAUGAGCUGACUAACACAGAUAGAAUGACUGCCACUUUAUCCACAAGAAAAUUCUUUUCAGACAUAUUGUUACAUCCUUUACAAACUCAAAUGAUCAAUUAUAUGAUAUUUUCACCAAGUCUCUCAGAGGCCCGAUGAUAUCUUAUAUAUGUAUCAUGAUGAUUGAUGCAUAUGAUAUAUAUAUAUUACAUGCACUAGCCAGAGGGGCAAUGUUGAGAUAUUUCCUCUGAUCAUUAGAGGAAAUACUUCCCUUUAUUUCUGUUAUGUGCGUAUUUUUCUGAUUGUAAAUUAAUUAGGUGGACCUAACAUAGGUUUUAAUUCUUAUCUCUAUUUUUUUAUAGGCAUAGAUUUUAAUUCUUAUCCCUGUUGUUAUAAAUUGACGAGGUUGAGGGUUAAUCUCUUGAGUAAAUAAAAUUUGUCUCUGCAUAUUUAUACACCAUGAAUGGGAAUGUUGUUUUUCUCGUAGACAUCGACCAAUGGACCAAUUACUCGAGGAACAAGCAAUUGUGUUUAUAGGAAAAUUGAAAUAUUGUUGGCAGGUUCCUAUAGCUGUGAUUCUGGUAUUUUUUUAGUGAAAGAUUAAGACAUAAAUAUUGUUUCUUCUUUGGUAGGAUUCUUGUAGCAUAAAAUUACUUAGACCAUGUUGAAGUUCAAGCAUUGGUUUAGAGUUAGACCAUAUAUGUUGUUGCCUACAGAGGGUUGUUAGACUGCAUCUACUUUUCCAAAUAAAAAUUCCAUUGAAGCUAUUGAUCAUUCAUUUCAAGAUGCACUUGACAU